GGCAGUAGGAGAGUGGCUAAUCACCACCAGCACUACAGAGGGCGGCGUGCUCGGGCCUGCAGCAGCAGCUGUCACCGUCUCUCUGUAGCGUGUACUGACUGACUGUGGAGGAUCAUGGCCGCCCAGAUCGCAGACCGGUUGACCAUUCAGGAGGAGGAAAUCCGCUGGUUGAGCGACGAGAUCGGCCGGCUCCUGGAGCUGGGCAUGCACGGGAACGUGGACAACAACCCGAGCCCGGAGCUGGAGCAGCUGAGGACCGAGAACGAGAAGCUGAGAUACCGUAUAGUGCACCUGCAGCGCUGCCUGGAGGAGGAGCAGGACGGAGGCCGCCGGGCAGCGGACGCUCAGCCCAUAGACGAGGGACAGACCAGGCCUGACCACAAGGAGAGUCCCCCGGAGGAGGAGAUCACCCAGCAGCGGGGAAGGGACGUGCAGAGGCCGCAGGCGGCGAGUGCAUGUGAGGACAAAGGAGAGAACUCGGUUGUAGAGAGACCAUCUGCUUCCCAGAACAAGAAGAAAAAGGAGAAGAAGGCCAGUAAAGAAGUUGAUGGUGAGAAGCAGGAGGCUCGUCCACUCCCUCCAUAUAUAAAGGACAGACUUCACCUCUACCAAACCUUGAAGAAGGAACAUGAUGUUUUACUUGCUGACCGGGCUGCAAACCAGAGCAAACCCAUUAAGAUCACAUUGGCUAAUGGAAAGGUCAUUGAUGGGGAAUCCUGGAAGACAACUCCAUAUCAAGUAGCUGCUGGAAUCAGUCGCGGAUUGGCUGAUAACACCAUAAUAGCCAAAGUAAAUUAUGAGUUGUGGGACCUUGACCGUCCUCUUGAGGGAGACAGCACUUUAGAGCUGCUGACAUUUGACAAUGAAGAAGCUCAAGCUGUUUAUUGGCACUCCAGUGCCCACGUUCUUGGGGAAACCAUGGAAAAUUACUAUGGAGGCUGCUUGUGCUAUGGACCGCCCAUUGAAAAUGGCUUUUAUUAUGAUAUGUAUUUAGAAGAAAGAGGGGUGUCUAGCAAUGAGUUUCCUGUCCUAGAGAACAUGUGUAAGGCCAUCGUCAAGGAGAAGCAACCCUUUGAAAGGCUGGAAGUCAGCAAAGAGCUGCUAUUGGAAAUGUUUAAGUACAACAAAUUCAAAUGUCGGAUUUUAAAUGAAAAAGUUGAUACCCCAACCACAACCGUAUACAGGUGUGGUCCUCUUAUUGAUCUGUGUAGAGGUCCGCACGUAAGGCACACUGGGAAGAUUAAAGCCUUCAAAAUAUACAAGAAUUCUUCAACGUAUUGGGAGGGGAAGGCUGACAUGGAAACGCUGCAGAGAAUAUAUGGAAUAUCAUUUCCUGAUAAUAAGCUGAUGAAGGAAUGGGAGCAAUUCCAGGAAGAAGCUAAAAACAGAGAUCACAGAAAGAUUGGAAAGGAUCAAGAGCUCUUCUUCUUCCAUGAUUUGAGUCCAGGGAGCUGUUUCUUCCUACCCCGGGGAGCACACAUAUAUAACACUUUAAUAGACUUCAUCAAGGAAUUCUACCAGAUGAGGAAUUUUACAGAGGUAGCAACUCCUAACAUCUACAACAGCAAAUUGUGGGAAGCGUCUGGUCACUGGCAGCAUUAUAGCGAGAAUAUGUUUUCCUUUGAGGUUGAGAAGGAAACCUUUGCACUGAAACCUAUGAACUGUCCAGGACAUUGUCUCAUGUUUGGUCACCGUCCGCGCUCCUGGAGAGAAUUACCCCUGAGGUUUGCAGACUUUGGUGUCCUACAUCGUAAUGAGUUAUCUGGGGCUCUAAGUGGACUGACCAGAGUAAGGCGCUUUCAGCAAGAUGACGCGCAUAUUUUUUGCACUAUGGAGCAGAUAGAGGAGGAGAUGAAGGGAUGCUUAGAGUUCCUGCAGUCUGUAUAUACGGUAUUUGGGUUUACUUUCCAACUCCAUCUUUCAACAAGGCCUGAGAACUACCUCGGAGAAAUUGAAAUGUGGAAUCAAGCUGAGAAGCAACUGGAGAGCAGUUUGAAUGAUUUUGGACAGCCCUGGAAAUUGAACCCUGGAGAUGGCGCUUUCUAUGGUCCCAAGAUUGACAUCAACAUCAGAGACGCCAUAGGCAGAUACCAUCAAUGUGCGACAAUACAGUUGGAUUUCCAACUGCCGACCCGAUUUAACCUGACUUAUGUGAACAAAGAUGGAGAUGAUAAGAAAAGGCCGGUAAUCAUUCAUCGUGCCAUCUUGGGAUCAGUGGAGAGGAUGAUAGCAAUUCUUUGUGAAAACUAUGGAGGAAAGUGGCCAUUUUGGCUGUCACCUCGGCAAAUCAUGGUAGUCCCUGUGGGACCUAGCUGUGAGGACUAUGCACAACAGGUGUGUAAAGACUUUUUUGAUGCUGGUUUUAUGGCUGAUGUGGACUUAGACAAUAGCUGUACAUUAAAUAAGAAGAUCCGAAAUGCGCAGCUGGCCCAGUAUAAUUUCAUUUUCGUGGUUGGAGAGAAAGAGAAGGCAAACCAUGCCAUCAAUGUGCGGACAAGAGACAACAAGGUGCACGGAGAGGUGUCUGUAACCUCUGCAUUAGAAAAACUGGAAACCUUAAAAAAGUCGCACUGUAAAAAUGCAGAAGAGGAAUUCUGAAGACAGCGCAAAAGGAAAUGGUUACUUUUCAUAAAACGUUGUGCUCAGUACUGAUGGCACUGUUCAAAGAACAAGCUGCAUAUUGCCAAUUAUUAAAACUUUGCUAAUGAA